AUGCACUGCCACGCCGAACUGAGACUGAGUUCGCCGGGCCAGCUCAAAGCAGCCAGGCGGCGCUACAAGACUUUCAUGAUCGACGAGAUCCUCUCCAAGGAGACCUGCGACUACUUUGAGAAACUUUCCCUCUACUCCGUGUGCCCGUCGCUGGUCGUCCGACCCAAGCCCCUGCAUUCCUGUACGGGUGCCCCUUCUCUUCGGGCCUAUCCUCUCCUUUCUGUGAUCACCCGACAGCCCACGGUCAUCUCCCACCUGGUCCCCACCACUGCGGGAAUUACCCCUGUGCUGUCCCGCCACCCAGCCACUGAGGCUGCCUCUGUGGAGGCCCCGGGUGAGGCAUUAGCCAGCAGUGAGUCAGAAGCAGAGCAGCCCACACCUCGGCAAAAGAAGCCUCGCCGGAGUCGUACCAUCUUCACUGAGCUGCAGCUCAUGGGCCUGGAGAAGAAAUUCCAGAAGCAGAAGUACUUGUCCACCCCAGACAGGUUGGACUUGGCCCAGUCUCUGGGACUCACUCAGCUGCAGGUGAAGACUUGGUAUCAGAACCGCAGGAUGAAAUGGAAGAAAAUGGUUCUUAAAGGUGGACAGGAAGCACCCACAAAACCUAAAGGUCGCCCCAAGAAGAACUCUAUCCCCACAUCAGAAGAGAUUGAAGCUGAGGAGAAGAUGAACAACCAAGCCCAAGGCCAGGAAUGCCUAGAGCCCUUGCAGGGACAGGAGAGGCUCUGUGAGGCCCAGGAAUCUAAAGCAUGUGACCUGCCCUUGGAGGUUGCAGAGCCAUCAGGCCAGCCCCAGGAGUCACCAGUACCCUCUUCUGAACCCCCACCUCUAAGCUAA